AUGAAUCCCCGUCCCUUUCCCACGAUCUGCGGAGCUGGCGGGGUGGUUGACUGUGAAGGGUAUCCCCCGGUGGGCGGUGGCGCCCCGUGGCUGCCCACUCCUCCGCCCUCGCGCCGUAGCGAGACGCGCCUUUGCUGGAACAUGUUGUGCGUUGUGUGUUGCAGCGGCGGCAUCAAGUUCUCGGACCUGUCGGCGGACGAAGGUGAGCUGCGGCCCGCGCCUAGCGGCUGCGCGCGCGCCCGGCGCCCCGCCCGCCGCCCCGCCCGCAGUUGUCCUCCCGCUCCUCUCGGCGCCGCCGCUCGUCCUCGAACUGCGGAUGCGACAGACAGCGCGCGCGUCCAUUGCCAUUAA